CGACAGUAUUAACAAUGAUGGUGGCUUCAAGCAUCUUUGAGCUCCAAUACAUCUCAAUGUUUGUCCUCAUAUGGCUAAUCUCUGUCCUGAUUUUCUUCACCCUCUUCUUCAAGAAACCCAAGGAAUCGUUCCGACCCGUUCGUCUUCCACCGAGUCCACCGAGUCUACCCAUCAUCGGUCACCUUCAUCUUCUUCCUUACAUCGCCUCUCACAAAUCCCUUCAAAAGCUUUCUUCAAGGCACGGGCCUAUCCUCUCUAUCCACGCCUUCAAAAUGCCCAUAGUCGUCGUGUCCUCCGCCUCCGUGGCCUACGACGUGUACAGGACGCAGGACGUGAACUUCUCGUCCCGUCAUCCCUUCGCCAUCGAAAACUCCAUAGUCUUCGGCCCUUACGGAUUCAUCACGGCCCCGUACGGAGAUUACUGGAGGUUCAUGAAGAAGAUGGUCAUGGCGGAGAUGCUUGGGCAGCUUCAUCUUGAGAGAUCCCGUCACUUGCGUGGCGAAGAGCUGAAGAAGUUUUGCGUUAACUUGUUGGACAAGGCGAAGAGGGACGAGCCCAUCAGGGUGUCCGAGGAGAUGAUGAAACUCACCAGCAACAACAUAUGGAGGAUGACUGUGGGGAAUAGGUUUUCGGAGGAAGGAGGUCGAGUCAGGGAAUUGGUUUCCCGGUCCCUUGAUAUGUCGAAGAAGUUGAUCAUAGAAAACGCUCUCCGCCCGCUUAGGAGAUUCGGGAUUUCGUUCUGCGAGAACCAAAUCUUGGAUAUCUCGCGAAGAUUCGAUGAACUGCUGGAGAAAUAUCUAAGAGACCAUGAAGAGAAUCCGAACAGAGAGGAUAAGGACAUGAUGGAUAUUGUGUUGGAAGCUUAUCACGACGAAAACGCCGAGUACAAGAUCUCGAGGAACCAAAUCAAAGCAUUCUUGGUGGAACUUUUCAUCGGAGGCACUGACACGUCAGCACAAGCAACACAGUGGACGAUGGGAGAGCUCAUUAACCACCCCAACAUCUUCAAGAAACUGAGAGAAGAGAUCGACAGUGUCGUUGGCAAGACAAGGCUGGUUCAAGAAACAGAUCUCCCCAAACUUCCGUACCUGCAGGCAGUUGUCAAGGAAGGGCUGAGGCUUCAUCCACCGGCAAACCUCUCCAUAAGGAGAUGCGGAAAACCGUGCAAGGUCUCAGGCUACGACGUUCCGGAAAACACGAUGCUGGUCGUCAACUCUUACGCGAUCAUGAGAGACCCGAGCUCGUGGGGGCAAGAUUCGGACCAGUUUCGGCCCGAGAGAUUCUUGGAAUCUCCGAAAGGGAUAGAGGGCAGCAGAGAAGAAGGACUGAAGUAUCUCGCCUUCGGGAGCGGAAGAAGAGCUUGUCCCGGAUCCAACUUGGCUUACCUCUUUCUGGACACCGCCAUCGGAGCAAUGGUGCAGUGCUUCGAUUGGAAAAUGGACGCAGAAAAGGUCGACAUGGAAGAAGUGGAAGGCAUAACCUUGACAAUGGCUCAUCCCUUCAGCACAACUCCCGUGGUUCGACCGGAGCUCAUCCCUUUGCUCGCUUCUUCUUCUUCUUCAACCGAACAAUAUCGAAUGAAUGAUCAGUGAUUCUUUCAAUAUUCCAUAUAUGGUUGUAUUGGAAAGUGACUAUAUAUUGGUAAAUAUAGAUCCUACCCAUGAAA